CAAUCACAGCUGCCCAGACAUUAUCAGCUGAAGGCAGGAAGCAAUGUCAGAUUUGUUGCUUUGCCUUGCACUCAGUAUUCCACAUGUUCCUCAGAGCAUUUGUGGAUUUAUUAUUUAAUAUAAAAGGCAAAGCUGUUGGGGAAGGGAAAGGAAGUGCUGAAUAUAGUAACAGAACUGCAACGUUUGUGAAGUCUGCAGCUUUGUGAGAGAGCCCUACUGCUCUUGGAAUUUGUUUUAAGAGUAAUUCAACAGACCAUCGAUCCUCUUCCUUCCGUCUUCUGUCUUCGGAAUCCCGGGGCUGGCGCAUGUGCAGUAGCGUGAAAAAGCAGGGUUUUUUGUUAAAGUUUAGCUUUUCACUCUAUUGCGAAAGAAGAAGACAGAAAGACAGAAAGAAGAAGACAGAAGAAGGAAGAGGAUCACUCUGUAGCAGCUACCUAGCAGCUGGUGCAUUUUAGGUAUAAGAAAUAUGAAACCUCAGCCCUGGAUAAGAACCAUGUUCAUUCUGCAUAUUCUGCGUGCAAGUUGUGUUUACAGUUCAAGACCUAACUUUAUUCUGAUAAUGGUUGAUGAUCUUGGGAUCGGAGAUGUUGGCUGCUAUGGAAACAAAACAAUUAGAACACCUAAUAUUGACAGAUUAGCAAAAGAGGGGGUGAUGUUCACUCAGCAUUUAGCAGCUUCCCCACUUUGCACUCCGAGUCGUGCAGCAUUCAUGACUGGCAGAUAUGCAAUUAGAUCAGGCAUGGCCUCUGAGUCCAGAAUGGGAGUGUUUAUAUUUUCUGCAUCAUCUGGUGGACUGUCUACUGACGAAUUAACAUUUGCUACAGUUCUAAAGAAGGCUGGUUACUCUACAGCAAUUAUAGGAAAAUGGCACCUUGGACUGAACUGUGAAAAAAACGAUGAUUUUUGUCAUCAUCCUCUUAACCAUGGAUUUGAUUAUUUCUAUGGGAUUACAACUACAAACCUCAGGGACUGCAUCCCCGGCCAUGGAAGUGUAUUUGUUGCAGGAGCUGCAGAAUAUAUCAGGGCAAUGUUUCAGAUUUCAUCUCUAGCACUGUUCACAUUUGUUCUGAUUUCCUGCACAGGACUAGUCGCCAUUCCUUGGAAGCGCAUUUUUUACAUUGCUUCCUUUACCUCUGUUUUGUUGGGUGCUGUGAUACUCUUUUUUUGGAAUUUCCAUUACUUGAAUUGCUUUUUAAUGAGAAACUAUAAGAUUAUUCAGCAACCAUUAGUGUUUGAUAAUUUUACACAGAGAAUUACAAGAGAAGCUUUACAUUUUAUUAAGAGCAACAAAGAUACACCAUUUCUUCUAUUUAUGUCCUAUGUUCAGGUCCAUACAGCUCUAUAUGCUUCUCAGAAUUUCAAAGGUAAAAGUAGUCAUGGGAUAUAUGGCGAUGCAAUUGAAGAAGUUGACUGGAGUGUAGGAGAACUUUUGAAUGAAUUAGACAAAAGCCACCUUCAAAACCAAACAGUUGUUUACUUCACUUCUGACAAUGGUGCACAUUUAGAAGAAAUCUCAUCCUCUGGUGAAGUGCAUGGAGGCUGUAAUGGGAUCUAUAAAGGAGGAAAAUCCACCUCAUGGGAAGGAGGUAUCCGUGUUCCAGGGCUUUUCCGUUGGCCUGGUGUGUUAGAAGCUGGUACGGUUAUCAAUGAACCAACAAGCAACAUGGACAUUUUUCCCACAGUUCUUAAACUUGCUGGUUCUCCUGUUCCGCAAGACAGAAUUAUUGAUGGACAUGAUCUGAUGCCUUUGAUGCAAGGAGAAAGUAUCACAUCUGAACAGGAAUUUCUAUUCCAUUACUGUAAUGCAUAUUUAAAUGCCGUACGGUGGAACCAGAGAAACAGCUCAUCAGUCUGGAAGGUGUUCUAUUUCACUCCCAACUUUCAGCCUAAGGAUUCCAAUGGCUGUUUUGCAUCGCAUGUGUGUUUCUGCUUUGGAAGCUUUGUCACUGUCCAUGACCCACCAUUGCUGUAUGACCUGUCUAAAGACCCUGAAGAAAAAAGUCCUCUCACACCACAAACUGAACCCGAUUUUUUGAAAAUACUUGAAACCAUUCAGCAAGCAACAGAAAAUCAUAAGAAGACUCUUCAAGCGGUUGAUAAUCAGUUAUCAUGGAACAAUGUUAUUUGGAAACCCUGGCUACAAGUGUGUUGCUCAUCAUGGACUGAUUUUUGUUACUGUGACCUUGAUAAGGAUUUGAGGAUAGAAUGAGUGAGAGAUAAUGCACAUGCUCUUAAAUACUUGACUCCACUCCCCUACUCAAGAAUCAGAGUUCAGUCAUUAUUAUCCCAUGCAUCUUUUCCCUCUGAAUCACUUUAUUUUAGAUGACAGUUUGAUUUCUAAGACUCUACCUUAAACACAUAUAUUUUUGUCCUUUCUAUACUAAGUCCCACAACAUACAUCAGCUUUUGAGCAUUCCAAUCCACUUUUAUGUGUUUACCCUCAAGCGUAUUCGCUUAUAUUUUGUUAUUGUCCUUCUGUCAGAGAAAUGAUUCAAUUUGGCACAUCAUGAAGCAAAAAAUAUCUCUGCAUUGGAUAAAUGUAAUGUAAUGUUUGAAAGAAAAAUGUCAUUUUCCCUCCGCUGUACUAAACAGAAAACACAACAAAGAAUGUUAGGAAAAUGACAUUGGAAUUCGAAUAUGAUUAUAAUAAAAUGCUUAAUAAAAUCACUUCAAAAUCUCCA